UCCUCUGAACUCUCAUGAUCUUGAUCUGAUUGUCAUGUCCAGGUCAUGAUGAGCAUCUGAUCGUCUUCAGAGACACAAAGAUCUCAGUGUUGAGCUGUUCAUCUGCAGUAUGUCAGAGAAGAGAGGAAAGAUGAGUCUCUCACACAAACAGAGUGUAAGAUCAGGCUCACAUGUGUCUGUGAAGAGUGACUGGUCAAAAGGUGAACCACCGUUAUUCAGUGAGGAAACACCAUCAGCUACUGAAAGUGUAAGAUCAGGCUCACAUGUGUCUGUGAAGAGUGACUGGUCAAAAGGUGAACCACCGUUAUUCAGUGAGGAAACACCAUCAGCUACUGAAAGUGUAAGAUCAGGCUCACAUAUGUCUGUGAAGAGUGACUGGUCAAAAGGUGAACCACCGUUAUUCAGUAAGGAAACACCAUCAGCUACUGAAAGGCUGCAAUAUGAGACAUUAGAUUCAGACUUCCAGAUUAACAGGAAACACAAGAAUUUCACAGUCAAACUCAUAGGAAUCUUCCAGGAUCUUGAGAAAGAAAUAACCAAUUUUCUAAAAAAUGAGCUGGACAUGUUUAAGAAAAUUUUACAAAAAGAGGACAUGCAAUACUUUGUGAAUUACUUUAAUGAGAACAGAUGCAGUAUUAAAGAAGCAGCUCUUGAUCUCACGCUCUACUUCCUGAGAGAGAUGAAGCAAGAUGAAGUUGCUGAUACUCUAGAAGAUGAGCUGAUCUUCAUUCAUCAGCUAAAGUGUAGCCUAAAGAAGAAGUAUCAAUGUGUGUUUGAAGGAAUUGAAAAGCAAGGUGACUCUACACUUCUGAAGAACAUCUACACAGAUCUCUAUAUCACUCAGGGUUGUAGUGAACAGGUCAAUACUGAACAUGAGGUGAGACAGAUUGAAGUUAAUUCCAGACGUCAUGAAUCACAGGAGAUACAGGUUAAGUGCAAACAUUUAUUUAAAGCAACUGAAGAAGACAAGCCGAUCAGAACUGUGCUGACAAAAGGAGUUGCUGGCAUUGGAAAAUCAGUCUCUGUGCAGAAGUUUGUUCUAGAUUGGGCCGAAGGAAAAGAAAAUCAAGAUAUCAGCUUCAUAUUUCCUCUUCCAUUUAGAGAGAUGAACAUAAAGGAGCAAGAAAAACUAAGUUUGAUGGACCUUAUAACUCAGUUUUUCCCAGAUACAAAAGGACUGAACCUUACAAGAAGAAAUCAAUUCAAAGUCUUGUUCAUUCUUGAUGGAUUGGAUGAAUGUCGACUUCCUGUAAACUUUAAGGAUAAUGAGACGUGGUCUGAUGUAUCAUCACCAGUCUCUCUGGAUGUUCUCCUGACGAACCUCAUCAAGGGAAAUCUGCUUCCUUCUGCUCUCAUCUGGAUCACCAGCAGACCAGCAGCUGCCAGUAAGAUUCCUCCUGACUGUAUCGACCGGCUGACAGAGAUACGAGGAUUCAAUGAUGCACAAAAGGAGGAGUACUUCAGAAAAAGAUUUACGGAUGAGAAUCAGGCCAAAGAAAUCAUUGAUCAUGUUAAACAGUCAAAGAGUCUCUUUAUCAUGUGCCACAUCCCAGUCUUCUGCUGGAUUUCAGCCACUGUUCUCCAGAACAUUUUAGAGGAGAAAAGAAAUAAUGUUGUGAAAAACAAUCAGGCUGAUGAUGCCUCCAAAACACUGCAGGAGUCAAAUACUGAAGACACUCCUAAGACUCUGACACAAAUGUACACACACUUCCUCAGAUUUCAGAUCCGGCAGAGCAGACGAAAGUAUGAUGGAGAAGAUACCCCCGAUGUUUCCUGGGAUAAAGAUGCCAUCUUUUCACUGGGGAAACUGGCAUUUGAUCAGCUGGAAAGAAACAAUGUGAUCUUCUAUGACACAGAUCUGGAAGCCUGUGGUAUUGAUGUCUGUAAGGCAUCAGUGUACUCAGGCAUGUGUACCCAGAUCUUUAAGGAGGAAACGGGGAUCAUUCUUGGUACCAUGUAUUGCUUUGUUCACUUGAGCAUUCAAGAGUUUAUUGCAGCCCUUUAUGCACAUCUGUUUCUAGACAUCAACAAGAAAUAUGUGUUUGAUCAAGACUCUACAGAACAGGAAAACAAAAAUGAAACUGUGAUUGAUUUGCUCAAGACUGCAGUGGUCAAGGCACUAGAGAGUGAUAAUGGACACCUGGAUCUUUUUCUUCGAUUCCUCCUUGGUUUGUCACUCCAGUCCAAUCAGAGACUUUUACAGGGUCUGUUGACACAGGAAGAUGACAAUGACCAGAACAAAAAAGAAAUAGUUCAGUACAUCAAGCAGAAAUUUGAAGCUAAUCUGUCUCCAGAGAGAUCCAUCAAUCUAUUAUACUGUCUGAAUGAACUGAAUGACCAAACUCUGGUGAAAGACAUUCAGACCCACCUUAGCAAAGGAAGUCUCUCAUCUGCUGAUCUUUCACCUGCCCAGUGGUCUGCUUUGGUCUUUGUGUUGUUGACAUCAGAGGCGGAGCUGGAGGAGUUUGAGCUUCAGAAAUUCAAGAAAUCAGACGAGUGUCUCAUUAGAUUAUCAGCAGUCAUCAAAACCUCUAAAAGAGCUCUGCUAAAUGAUUGUGGCUUAACUGACAAAAGCUGUCAAGCUCUGGCUACAGUUUUUGCUUCAGAUUCCAAUCUGAAAGAGCUAAACAUGAACAAUAAUAAUCUGCAGGAUUCAGGAGUGAAGCAACUCUGCACUGGACUGAAGAAUAUAAACUGCAAAUUAGAGAUACUGAAACUUUCAAACUGCAGUAUCAGUGAAGAAGGUUAUAAAGCUCUGGCUUCAGCUCUGAGAUCAAACCCUUCACACCUGAUAGAGCUGAAUCUCACAGGAAAUGAUCCUGGAGAAUCAGGAGUGAAGCAGCUCAGUGAUUUACUACAGGAUCCAAACUGUCAACUCAAGACACUAAGGUUUUUGGGUCCUGCUGCAGAUGAAGGCUGUCAGUAUGUGACUGGAAUUGUGGGUAAAAACCCGUUACUCCUGAGAGAGCUGGAUCUGAGUGGACAUGAACUAGGAGACACAGGAGUGAAUCAGAUCUCUGCUCUACUGCAGGAUAAACACUGUCAGCUCAACACACUGAUACUUUCAGACUGCAGUAUCACUGAAGAAGGUUAUAAAGCUCUGUCUUCAGCUCUGAGAUCAAACCCUUCACACCUGGUAGAGCUGGAUCUCACAGGAAAUGAUCCUGGAGAAUCAGGAGUGAAGCAGCUCAGUGAUUUACUACAGGAUCCAAACUGUCAACUCAAGACACUGAGCAUUUGUUACUGCAGUAUCACUGAAGAAGGUUAUAAAGCUCUGUCUUCAGCUCUGAGAUCAAACCCUUCACAUCUGAUAGAACUGGAUCUCACAAGAAAUGAUCCUGGAGAAUCAGGAGUGAAGCAGCUCAGUGAUUUACUACAGGAUCCAAACUGUCAACUCAACACACUGAGACUUUCAGACUGCAGUAUCACUGAAGAAGGUUAUAAAGCUCUGUCUUCAGCUCUGAGAUCAAACCCUUCUCACCUGAUAGAGCUGGAUCUCACAGGAAAUGAUCCUGGAGAAUCAGGAGUGAAGCAGCUCAAUGAUUUACUACAGGAUCCAAACUGUCAACUCAAGACUCUGAGACUUUCAGACUGCAGUAUCACUGAAGAAGGUUAUAAAGCUCUGUCUUCAGCUCUGAGAUCAAACCCUUCACACCUGAUAGAGCUGGAUCUCACAGGAAAUGAUCCUGGAGAAUCAGGAGUGAAGCAGCUCAGUGAUUUACUACAGGAUGGACUCUGUUCAUUAAAGACCAUCAGACUAUCAGACUGCAGUAUCACUGAAGAAGGUUAUAAAGCUCUGUCCUCAGCUCUGAGAUCAAACCCUUCACACCUGAUAGAGCUGGAUCUCACAGGAAAUGAUCCUGGAGAAUCAGGAGUGAAGCAGCUCAGUGAUUUACUACAAGAUGGACUCUGUUCAUUGAAGACCAUCAGACUUUCAGACUGCAGUAUCACUGAAGAAGGUUAUAAAGCUCUGUCUUCAGCUCUGAGAUCAAACCCUUCACACCUGAUUGAGCUGGAUCUCACAGGAAAUGAUCCUGGAGAAUCAGGAGUGAAGCAGCUCAGUGAUUUACUACAGGAUGGACUCUGUUCAUUAAAGACCAUCAGGUUUUUGAAAAGUCCUGCUGCAGAGGAAGCGUGUGAGUAUCUCACUGGAGUUCUGGGUAAAAGUCCAUUAUUACUGAAAGAACUGGAUCUGAGUGAAGAUAAAUUAGGAGAUCUGGAUUGGGAGAAACUCUCUGCUCUUUUGAUGGACUCUCACAGCAAACUGGAGAAAAUAAUGCUGAAUAACUGUGAGCUGACAGAGAAAAGCUGUUCAGUUCUAGCUACUGUUCUCUCCUCCAAAACCAUCCUGAAAGAGAUGAACCUGAACAACAGUCAUCUGCUGGAUUCAGGAGUCAAAGAGAUCUGUGAGGGACUGAAGAACCCUGUGUGUGAGCUGAAGAUACUGAAACUUUCAGACUGCAGUAUCACUGAAGAAGGUUAUAAAGCUCUGUCUUCAGCUCUGAGAUCAAACCCUUCACACCUGAUUGAGCUGGAUCUCACAGGAAAUGAUCCUGGAGAAUCAGGAGUGAAGCAGCUCAGUGAUUUACUACAGGAUGGACUCUGUUCAUUAAAGACCAUCAGGUGA